AUGCAAGAUAUUACAAGUGACGACAAUGUUGCUAGUCGGAGUAGGGUUAAUUGUUUACCGUGUAGAGUAUCCGGAUCCAUUUCUUUUCUACUGAUUGCUGCUUACUUUUACUACGGUUGUAAACGUGUGAAGCCAGUGUAUUAUGUUGGCAUACCAAGUAAAUUAAUAGUGUUUACUGUAUAUUGAUUUGUUAACAUGUUAAUAAUAAUAAGCAGGUACUACUUAUUACUGUUAACAUGUUAACAAUAAUAAGCAGGUACUACUUAUUACUUACAACUGUUAUUGCAGUCUGCAGUAUACAAACGCCAACUGUUUUGAUUUUUUUUUUUUAUAUUAAUGUCUGCAUAGUUUGUGAUAACUAACAGACAUUAAUAGUAUAUUUUAUUUACAGGUAUGUUAGUUUUAGCUGUGUCCAGAGCAUUCGAUUUACCGCCGUUCAAUGAAUAA